AUGUCUGCAUUCCUCUCCUCUCUGCGCCCAGCCAUGCGCAUGGCUGGUGCCCCUCAGACCGCACGCGCCUUCAGUUCCUCUCCCGCCCACUCCAUCGCCCGUCUGACCCUCACCGGCCGCCUCGGCGCAGAGCCCGAGCUCCAAGCCACCUCUUCCGGCCAGGAGAUCGUCAAGUACAACAUCGCCACUUCUCACGGCAACCGCGAUAACCGCCAAACGAGCUGGUGGCGCAUCACGAACUUCGUCCCCGAGGGACCCCAGCGCGAUUUCAUCCUUGGCUUGCAGAAGGGAACCCUCCUGUACGUCGAAGGCGAUGCCAAAAUGGCCACUUGGGAAGAUUCUGAGGGCCAGACCCGGUCCACUCUGAACAUUGUGCAGCGCACUCUUGAGGUCCUCAAGCGCCCCGAGAACGGUGGCCACGACGAAUCUCACUAA